AUGAGGGAAGCUACCAAGAUCGUCCAGGACAACUUUGGUCUAAUGUAUGGAUCUCAAGCUCUAAAAAUCAGCAGCGCAAGCGCAAGCUUCUCAUUUGCUUACCUCAAGAAUCCAAGAUUGAACGGCCAUACAUCCGUCGCCGUCCCCGCUACGUUGUUGGCCACCCCAGCCAAGCACCCAGAGCCUGAGGAGAGCAAGAGUUUAUCAGUCCAUGCCGGCGUCCGUCCAGCACGUGAUGUCGGACCAGAUCAUGUGCACCAACGCCCCGGCGGCGGCCAGCCCUCCUCAGCCCACGAGAUGUGGGUUGUUUCAUUGCCCCUAGCGCUUCUGCAGGAGCCCAUCCGGCCAAUUCCACCAAGCCCGAAUCUCAAUGAGUUGUCAAGCAUCCGGACCCGCAAGGUGUUGGAGGAGGAGCUUGGGCUGAGCGCAAGGGAGGCCGAGGCCGUGAACCAGCGCACCAGCACUUUGACAACAACAGCGGCAACGCAGUCCUGCACGAACUCGCCUACCCAUCCGCAGCCUCUCUGUCUCACCACCCCCCAAUCCCCCUUGCCCAACGACUCACCGGCCCCAGUAUCCGCUCUCGUCGUCCCUGCAAACAGUCCCGCCAUCAUCCAUUUCCCCGCCCCCUCCUCCGUUCAUCCCACGUCGCCCCCAGGCAAAGACAACCCUUCCCCACAUUGCAAGCGGCACAAUGUGAAUGUCGACAACCUUUACAUCAUGCGCGUCCUCGGAUAG